CGCACGUGUCGAAAAGUGUAGAUUGGAUAUUAUUUGGUUCUUUCAAUUUGCAUUGUACUCGCGUGAACUUGUUCCAGAAGAUGGAUCUUAUGUUAAGUAAUUUCAUUUUCGACGAUCCACCGCAGGUUAUAACGCGGCAAGUAGAGGGAACAAAAACAGGUGCCGAAAAAGGAGAAAUUUCAAUUAAAUUUAAUAAAACGCAACCUGCUAAAGUUGUUGUAGCCCGAAAAAGAGGUAAUAUUAUAAAGAAAACAAAGGAUGCAACUCUAACGGAGGAUGAGGAAAUUCCUCCACGAGACAUUUAUCAACCAAAGGGUCACCCUUCAAACAACAAAAAACUCAAUGAUUUAACAAUCGAAAAAAAGAAACAACGUACAACGAGCAACACAUCUUGCAAUGGUCCUGGUGAAGAUAGAAACAUAGAAAUCGUAAAACCCAUCCAAUCCAAGAUACAACUUCCACAGUUACGUCCAGUUGUAGAAAAGUUGUUCAGUGACCAGUCAUUUGCAAACCUUGCUAUUCACCCACACUCUAAAAAAAAUAUUGCUGAUAUGUUACAUUUUACACAACUUACCAUGGUUCAAAACAAAGCUAUACCGUUGUUACUUGAUGGAAAUGAUGCACUUAUUCGUGCUCAAACAGGAUCUGGAAAGACUCUCGCAUACGCUUUGCCUGUAGUUGAAAGUUUACACGAGAUUAGGCCACAAAUUAAUCGCAGUGAUGGCAUAAGAGCUGUAAUAAUUGUUCCAACGCGUGAACUUGCUGUGCAAACAUACGAGCUACUACACACGCUACUGAAGCCGUUUAAUUGGAUUGUUCCUGGUUACUUGACUGGUGGUGAAAAACGUAAAACGGAAAAGGCAAGACUUCGAGCUGGCUUAAAUAUACUCAUCGCGACACCUGGUCGCUUUUGCGACCACAUUCGUAAUACAGAAUCACUUAAGCUCGCACAUAUUCGUUGGCUCGUCUUAGAUGAAGCUGAUCGAUUGCUUGAGUUAGGAUACGAAAAAGAUGUGAAGGAAAUAAUCGACGCGAUCCACAAUGGCCAAAAAGACAAUAGUGAAAACGAACUAAAUAAGAUACAAACGGUGCUACUAUCUGCAACAUUAACCGCUUCGGUUAAAGAGCUUGCAGGAUUGACACUGAAAGAUCCAGUUUUCAUCGAAACAAGUGAAGUUUUUCAGAACGAGACAUCUUCCAGCACUAUCACGAACUGUGCUGGUCAGCUUCUUAACGUUGCAGAAUGCGUUUCCAUCCCGGGUACAGUGAAGCAGCAAUAUCUAAUAGUUGCACCAAAAUUGCGCCUUGCAACAUUAAGUGCAUUAAUUGUAAACGAGCAUCGAAAGAAACCUUCAAAACUUCUUAUCUUCAUGGCAACUCAAGAUCUGGUAGAUUUUCACUACGAUGUAAUGAUCGUAGUACUUACAUUGCAAAAGUUUGCCAACUACAUUGAAAACGACUCAAGCGUAAAUGAACAAGAUUUAAGCAUCAAUGUUGAUAACAGGAGCCAUUUCGAUAACAAUGUAUUGUUGCCCGGUUUGAAAUUUUAUAAACUCCACGGUCGGAUGACACAGAUUGAACGAAGUUCAGUAUUUCAAUCAUUCCGAAAAUCAACGGCAGCCGUUUUAAUUUGCACCGAUGUGGCAGCUCGUGGUAUCGAUAUCCCUUUAGUCGAUCUAGUUGUUCAGUAUCACGCGCCACAAAUAUUAGCUGAUUAUGUACACCGUGUGGGACGGACAGCACGAGCAGGUGAAUCUGGCAGAGCGUUACUCUUUAUCGAACCAUCUGAAACAGAUUUCAUAAAGUACCUAGCAAACAAACACAUCAGAAUUCAGGAGCAGAAUGCUAAUGGUAUUAUACGACAUUUUGGUCAACUUUUGAAUAGAGAUAAUAAAUGCAAUUCCAUGGUACAAGAACAUUGGGCAAUUGAACUUCAGCAUCGUUACGAACAGUUAAUAGAAAAAGAAAACGUUUUGUUCGACAGUGCAAAAAAAGCUUUCCUGUCGUGGGUACGAUAUUAUUCAAACUUUCCUAAAGAGUUAAGGAAUAUUUUUUAUAUUAAAGCUGUCCAUAUGGGUCACUAUGCGAAGAGUUUGGGUCUACGUGACGCUCCAAAAAAUUUGUUACAAUUCGACAAUGAGACUAAAAACCGACCUGCAGUCAAAUCCCCGUUAAAUCGUCCGAUUAUUGGUAAAGAGAAAUUUCAACGUCGUAACCUUUUACAAACUAAAAAAGGGUUAUUGAAGAGGCAAAAUGAUGUUUCACGCUCUAUACGACAUGGGUGCAGAAAUUUGGAACAAUCCAACUCAUAUAGUUCCACAAAUUUGAUAACUUUUUUGAAUCGCUCGCAAGUGCUUAAUAUUUCUGAAUUUGAUAGCGGUAUUGGCCCCUCUCGUAAAAAGAUGAAAAAAUAAUAAAAAGGUAAAGUUAUUGGGGUGCGGUAGCGGCGCCGGUCUUACAACAUAUCUUUUUAUGAAAUUCCUUCCGGACCGUUCACCCGUACGAAGGAUUAAUAAUACUGCUUCGGUUAAAUUAAAACUCUCUUGAAGUUGUAGUGCCACAAAGAAGAAGAGUUAUUAGCUUAGCAACAUUUAGCAAAUUAAAAUAAAAUCAUUUUGAUUAUUGUGAAUUAUUCUAUAAUUCAGUUUAAUCAAACCGAAUUACAAUGUAAUAUCGGGUUAUGAAAAUUGUUCCCGGCCUUAUUAUUUCUAGGAUGUAAUACGAUUUUUUUUUCAGCAAAGUUAUCAAGAAAAUGCUAUUUUUCUUUAAUAUUAUUAAUCCUUUUGGACAUAAAAGACAGCGAAAAAGAACACAGUUGUAUUCCAGAAAAUAAUUUUCUUUCAGAAACAAGAUUUGUUUUAUUACUGGUAUGUUUAAGCAGGAAGAUUGAACAAAAUAAAUAUACAGGAAUUGCAUCAAUCAAUAAUC